UCCUUCCCUUCCCUUCCGAUUCUUUUCCGCGGAAUGACCCAUGUUCUUCUUAAUUUAUCUCAAAUAGCUUUACUUUUGAGUUUCUGCUUUGUUUCCUCAUCAGAACAAAGAAGCUGGGAGGAAAUUUAAGAAGUUUGAUCAAAAGAGUUGGUCUCGGCUUUUGAGCUUAUACUUCAGCACAGCAGAGCAGAGCAGAGCAGUGCCUGUGUCUUUAUUUUCUUGGGUAUCUGAGUGUUUGUGUACAAAAUCCUUUUGUUUCUUUGAUUUCUUCCCGACUUGGAGUUUUGGGUUUUAUUGCGCAGCAAAGUUAUGGCAUCCGUACUUGUUGCAAACGCCGCUCUGGGUGGAGCAUUUGAAAGGGUAUUUUCGUUGUUGUAUGAAGCAAUUAAGGACGUGAUAAACAAAACCCGCAUGUACGAAUCCAUUCUCCAACGGCUCAAAGACACGCUAGAUCUUAUGCGCCCUCUGGUUGAGAAGAUGUUGUUGUCAAACAGGGAACUGGAUCUCCCGGAAGAGCCAACAAAGCGCUUGAUCGAACGAAUGGAGAAGGGCGAGAAGCGCGUUAGGAAGUACUCGAAGCUCCCAUGGUGGAAAUACCUCGUGCGGUUCCAUUAUGCGAACAAACUUUUGGAGUUGGAAAAGGACCUCCGCGGGUUCUUUAAAGUUGAGCUACCGGCUUGGAAUGCGAUGAAUGUGUUGGAGUCUGUGAAGGGUGUAAAGGAUAUUCGUGAGCGACUGAGUUUGACCCGGCUGAAUAGUGUUGCGUCGUGUUCGGUUCCUCGAUUCCGGGAUUUUGUAAUUGGGUUGGAUGUGCCUUUGAAGGAGUUGAAAAUGCAGCUGCUGAAGGUGGAGGUGUCAAUGCUUGUCUUGACUGCUCCCGGAGGAUGCGGAAAGACCACUUUGGUGAAAAUGCUUGGUCACGAUGACCACAUUAAAGGCAUAUUUAAGGAGAAUAUUUUCUUUGUCCCCGUCUCAAAAACUCCAAACCUGAAGGUCAUUAUACAAAAACUACUCGGUAAGGAUGAUCCUGCGUUUCAAAGUGAUGAGGAUGCAAUCGACCAGCUGGAGCAAAUGCUGCUAGCUAAGCUAAACAAACCUAUAUUGCUGAUCCUGGAUGAUGUCUGGUCUGGAUCGGAAUCCCUUCUAGAGAAAUUUGCGUUUGGUUUGCCUAAUUACAAGAUUCUAGUGACUUCAAGAACUGCCUUUCCAAGAUUUAACUUCACAUAUAAGUUAAAUCCAUUAAAUGAUGAUGAUGCAAUGGAACUCUUUCGUCAUUCAGCAGGCCUGCAAGAUGGGAGCUCCUCUUACAUUCCAGAUGGAGAAGUGGUUAAAAAGAUAGUGAAAGGCUGUGGGGGGUUUCCACUGGCCCUUAAAGUGGUUGGAAAAUCACUCUGUGGGCAGUCUGCUGCGAUCUGGCUCCUUAGAGUGAAAAAAUUGUCUGAUGGUCAUUCUAUCCUUGAUACUGAUAUUGACAGUGACCUGCUUGAGUGUCUUCAAAGCAGUCUAGAAUUCAAAGGUAAUGAGAUGAUCCUGAGGGAGUGUUUCAUGGACUUGGGUUCAUUUCCUGAGGACCAAAAGAUCCCUGUUGGUGCCCUCAUUGAUAUGUGGUCAGAACUAUAUGAACUUGUUGAAGAUGGCCUCCAUGUAAUUGCCAACCUACAUGAAAUCAACACCCGGAAUCUAGCUAAUCUAGUGGUCACAAGGCAGGAUGCAAGUGUGGUUGGCAGCUACUGCAGUGAAGACUUCGUCUUACAACAUGAUCUUCUUAGAGAGCUAGCUAUCCAUCAGUGUAGCCAGGAGCCAGUAGAACAAAGGAAAAGACUGAUCAUAGACAUAAGUGGAAACAAUAUUCCCAAAUGGUGGAUGGAACAGAGGCUGCAACCUAUCAAUGCCCAACUCUUAUCUAUCUCAACUGAUGAAAUGUUCUCCUCAAGUUGGCGCAAUCUUCUACCAGCCGAAGUUGAGGUUCUAGUUCUGAAUUUUCAAACAAAGGACUACCGCAUGCCUGGGUUUGUGGAGAAAAUGGAUAAAUUAAAGGCUUUGAUUGUCACAAACUAUGGUUUCUUUCCAGCCGAAUUAGGUAACAUUCAGCUACUUGAGUCUUUACCGAAUCUAAAGAGAAUUAGGUUGCAAAAGGUUUCAAUUCCUUCCAUUUUCAAGACCCCACCGCCAUUAAGGAAUUUGGAGAAGAUAUCCUUGUUUAUGUGUAAUCUUGGUCAGAAUUUUAGGAACUGCAGUAUCGAGAUCUCAAAUGCAUGGUCAAAUCUGAAGGAGAUAAUCAUUGACUACUGCAAUGAUUUGUUGGAAUUUCCUACGUGGCUGUGUUAUAUUGUCAGCCUUAAGAAACUCGGCAUAACCAAUUGCCAUAAGCUGUUUGCACUGCCCAUAGAGAUUAGGGAGCUGACGAGUUUAGAAGUCCUGAGUCUUAGGUCUUGUACUAAUUUGUCAGAGUUGCCGGAGUCAGUUACAAGCCUCCAGAACUUACGCAUUCUUGACAUAUCCGACUGCCUAAGCAUUAGCAAGUUGCCAAAACAUAUUGGCGAGUUGCGGAAUUUGAAUGAGAUCCACAUGACAGGGUGCUUGAGAUUGCGUAAUCCAUUGCCGCUAUCAACUAUGGAUCUUGAGAAGUUGAAGCGUGUAGUAUGUGACAAAGAGAGAGCCAAGUUAUGGGAGCCUAUCCAGGAGUUCUGCAUGGACAGCAACCGUAUAGAGAUAAGGAUAGCUGAGAAAGAUAUCAACUUGAACUGGCUUGUUAAUCGUUUCUGAGAGUGAGAAUUGCUUCUUCUUGGAUAAAUGUUGGUGGCAUGAUCAGGUAUAAUGUUCUUUUGUCUUUGUUCCUUUUCCCUUUUUAUUACAUCAAGAGCAUGAAACUGGUAAAUUUGAGGAAUCUCAAGAUUUGCACUCAAAGGGUAAGUUGGCAGCAGAAAAGGGAUAGAGGCACUAUUUAUAGGUUGGACAUGAUUAAUUUACAAUUUUUGUACAACUAUCUUACAACUCUAUUGGGUAAUUUUGUAAAAUUCAAAUUUGUUUUGUUUUAAUGGAGUGGCAUGCUUUCAUUAAUU